GUUUAUAUGNAAUAUAUAAUAAGUCCUUAUUAAAAUAGUAUGAAAAAACAAAAAAUAGAAUUUAAUUCAUUUUCUAUUUAACAAUUGGAUUAAUUAUUUCAUUAAUAUAAAGUAGAACUGAUUUGAUUGAAAAAAUAUUUAUAACAAUUAAUUUAUAUAAAUAAUUAAAAUGAUUCGUAUAGCUAAUAGUAAAUCUGUGGCACGCUUUUCUGGAGCAUUGUGGGGACCAAUUCAUGAAAGACCAAUUGUAGAUAGAGUGAUGUCAACAUCAUAAUGGCCAGUCCCAUAUUAUUAAAGAAUUUUUAAGGCAUAUCCUGUUAGAUGUAAAAUGUUAUUAAAAAGAAAAAGAAAAUAAAUAAACUUGGGCAAUGAAUUUAGCUGGAGCAGAAAUUCAUGAUAUUAAUUGGUAUUGUGCAAAACAAGCUUUAAGCAGAACUCUUAAAGGCAGAUAAGCUGUUGAAUAUGUUGAAAAUAAUAUUCCAACUUAAAGUAAAUAUUUUAUUUAAUCAAAAGGCUACAUUGUGAUUCAAAAGGAUGUCUCAAGAAUGGCAAAAGCAUACGUUAGUGAUUUAAGCCUUUUCCUUAGUGUGGCAAAUAAGGAAAGCAAAGUCAUAUUAGACUCUGUUGAAUUAAUUUGAAAUAAAGAAUAACAAAAACAUUUAUUAUACGC